AUGAAGCCGUUCUACACCCACACCACCGAUCUGAGCGAUCUCGACCAUCCAGUCGUUGAGAUCCGUUCACUGGCCCUGCCUCUGACUCUGCGCGUUCCACAUGGGGAAGGAGAUGUGUCUGCGUUGACGUCGAUUCUCAACAAUGAGGAGAACACCAAGGACGAUUUGUCUGUGGCGACGGCCAGCAAGGAGGAACUCGAAGAAAUCUCCCGGAAAUGGACAAAAGUGACGCAUCCAUUGUCUUAUAUGAAUUUUCUCAUGCUCAUGACAGAGGGCGCAUCGUUGGAACCAAUUGGUCUUGCAGGCAUGGGGUGGAUCGGCCCGGUCAAUCAGGCUGCAGAGCAGGCAUCGCCUCAAGCCGGUGCAGCCGGGGUGGUGGUGAACCCGUCCGCAAGAAGAAAAGGGUACGGCCACGAAGCAUUGAGAAUGGUAAUCGACUACGGGAUCCGAGAGCUGGGUCUCGCAGAGGUUCGGAUCGGAACCAACUCGAAGAACACCGGAAUGAAGAGAUUGAUAGAGAGAUUCGGAUUGAAAUUCGAGGCUGGGGCAGUAGUAGACAAAUUUGGUAACGAUUUCAACUGGACAAUCCGUCGCGAUGACUGGCUUGUGCUGGGCGAGUAA